CAGUCAUCGCACGUAAUAUAAGACUGACUAGGAAUACGUUGCUGCUCCGACCCAUUGACAAUCUUAGGAUCAGCCUCAUUGUCGCUGGGCCUCUCCACAAGAUCUUCGACUGGUAUCCAUCGGUAAUGAUCCAACACCAGAUGCUGCCAUCGUUUCUCGCUUUCGUCCCACUCCGCCAGCUCUCCCCAUGUAUAGUUUUGAAAGACGGGAUUACCGUCCUCGAAACUCUCGGCAGCAUCCGAUCCGAUGAUCCAUGGCGGAAAGGUUCGCAGUGCCCUAACGAUGCAGUUUCCGCACCGUCCCCUAUCGAGAUGCCAACACUCUAAUUCGUCCAGGACUCCGUGAGGUAUAUGCUGGAACUGGAGUCUGAACUGUGUCGUCGACACCCUCGGUUGCCGAGGACAGAGGCGCUCCGGCCUAGUGAUGCCUUGAUAACGAGCUGAACCUUGGCCGUCCAUGUGUAGCAUAAUUCGUAGGACGCGCUCUCGCCGUACGCAUGGUUCCGGACGUUUGAGUCCCAUUGGGCAAGGACUCCAAUCUUGAUAUCGCACUCCGUGAGCGUCCACGCCGAUGCGCGGUCUCGGUCGUACGAACUCGGUUUGGUCGAUCCACAUUUGUUGUUUUGCCGUCGGUCGGCACGUACAGCACGAUGCGUUCCCCUCAGGCAAAGCGUCGACGACCGCGUCGAACAAGGAACGCAGGUCUUCACUCGAGAAGCGUUUACUGGGUUUCCCGCCGUCACUUGAUCUCCGUCCAAGCGCAACGAUCAUGGCCUUCACAUCAGGCGCCUGUUCCACGUUCGCAUCCUCGCCCUGCGACGUAUGUUUGCCCGUAUGGGAAGGCUUGGAUUGAGCGACAUCGUUCCCGUGAAUGCCAUUCGCCGGAGUCUCCGCACGGCGCACUUCGGACAUGAUGUCCUUCAGCAUGUCCUUGACGCUCGUCGUAGCGCGAGUCAUCGCUUCCUCCGUCUCUGUAACAAUCCUACGGACCGCAUCCGCUCCGUCCCGCAUCUUUACGAGCUUGCCCAACGCGCGUGCACCGACCCUGGUCCGUCUUGACCGGGGGUGAAGGUCUUCCCCUCGACGCCGUUUUGAACGUGUUUCCUCAAUCAUAGGAGGAGGCCGUUUACGGGGACGAAGGGAACGAGUUGGGGGAUCGACCCCUGGAAUUGCGUGGUUCGACGCCUGUAUCCGUGGUGAAGCGGAGGGUUUGAACGUGCUGGCUGGGAGGGAUGUCUUAGAUGACGA